ACUGUACUCUGACCAAUCCAAUCGGACCCAAAUCACCCAAUGCGGCUCUAAAAAUCUCCCCUGUGCCCUAGAGCUGCCGCCGUGCUGUGGCUUAUCGGCUUAUUGUCACCGCCGUUGCUAAUCCCAUCUCUGCCUCUCGCACGCGUCGCCGCCGCCGCCGCGCCGUUCCCGUUCCACCUCUUCGCGCCCCCGCUGUCUCUACCCAGUCUGCAAUCUCGUGCAUUGGCUUUUGAGAUAAGCAUCGGUUUUCCUCCUAUUCCUCUAUCCACCGCGGCGACCCCAUGGCGAAAACCUAGAGCUGCCGCCGUCUGCCGUCGCUGCCCUCCUCUCCCCUCGGCACCUCCCGGCGACGCCGCCCUCCUCCUCCCCUCGGCAACUCUCGACUUAUCUGCAACCCGCAACCUGAAGCCAAGGUAGAGUAGAUACUUGUUUGCGGAUGGCGAGGGAACCAAGUCCUGAAAUAGAUGAUGAGCUUUUCAAUGAAGUUUAUGGGAAAGCCUACAGUGGUCCAGUUGCAACAGCUACAAACAGCGUGACACCUAAAGUAAAUGAUGAGAAGAAGCCUCUGGCCCAUGAUAAGUCAGAUGAAGAAGAUGAUCCCCGGGAUCCCAAUGCUGUCCCUACUGAUUUCACUAGUAGAGAGGCUAGGGUUUGGGAGGCUAAAGCUAAGGCUACAGAAAGGAACUGGAAGAAGAGGAAGGAGGAAGAAAUGAUCUGUAAAAUAUGUGGAGAAUCAGGUCAUUUCACCCAGGGUUGUCCAUCGACACUUGGAGCAAAUAGAAGAAAUGCGGAUUUUUUUGAAAGAGUUCCGGCAAGGGACAAACAAGUCAGGGACCUUUUCACUGAGAGGACAAUAAGUCAGAUUGAGAAGAAUGUGGGGUGUAAAAUCAGAAUGGAUGAGAAGUUCCUGUUUGUCAGUGGGAAAGAUAGGUUAGUACUAGCCAAAGGUGUAGAUGCUGUGCAUAAACUCAUUCAGGAAAGUAAAGGUAAACAUAGUUCAAGCAGCCCAAAACGGGAUCGUUCUAGAUCCCCUGUACGGAAUUCCGCUGACUUUCGCCUCAGGCACCCUGAUUCUCGAUGGUCUCAUAGCCCAAGAAAUGCAUCACACUCUCAAAGUAGAGGACCCCAUAAUGAAAGGCCUCUAGUUGGCCGCUUACGCGACGAUAUGCCCAAGUAUCCAAAAGGAUCUCCACAAGCUUAUGCCAACAACGGAGCAAAAGACCGUCCAGUCCGAUCAAAAUCUCCAUGUGAACCUUCUUAUCUUGAUGAUCAUCUUAGAUCACAUGGUGGGAAUAACCAAUAUGCCACUGCACAUAUGCCCAAUAACUGCAGCACCGAGAGGUAUGGAACAGAUUCCCGUUUAGACCUUAAGUUUGAACUGCCUUCCUAUCCACAAACUUUGGAAGAGCUUGAGAUCGAGUUUAAAAGAGAAGCUAUGGAAUUAGCUAGAGCCCGUGACCAGGAGGAGGAUGAAGAGAACUGCAAGCAUCGCGAGACACUUCGAGAAAUCAGAGAGAACCACAUGAAGAGAGUAUCUGCCACUAGGAGUAUGCAAGCAAGGAAGUGGAGUGAGUUUCUUGAACAAAGUUUUAGAAGGCAACAGCAAGCUCAGCAGACCUCGUACACACAAACAGGCUAUCCUGAUUUUGAUCAGAGAACUGCACAUUUUCCCACUACCGCUCCAGCAAUCGAUUCAAAGAACGCAUAUCCAUAUCCUACUGAUAACUAUUCUGCGGCCCCAAGGCGUCAUGCUUAUGACGAGUUUCAGCAUGAGAGACAUGGUGACUUAGGGAGGACGUAUGGGCGAUAUUAGCUGUUGAAUGGUGGGGACUUGUGUGGGAAUCUGAGUCAAUGGUGUGCUACUGUCUUAGCGCCUAUUUUCUGUUAUGUAGUUUCAUGAGGUAAGACUUCUUAUUCGAGCAGCAACAUGUGCUGGUUGCUCAGUCUUUUGGGGUCUCCAGUACAAUCACAAUGUGAUGAGGAACUAUUAAAUGCAAUGAAGAUAUCAUCUCAGCUGCUUUUCUAUGAACUAUGACGAAACUGGUCGCUGUUACGUGCGUUGUAAGCCGCAAGCAGUGUCAACAUGAUAUUUGGUUAUUCCUGUUCCUUUACAAACUAGAAAUUCCACUGAAAUGAAAAUCCACUUUUGUUUUGGAAA